ACUGAGUCAGCAGCACUUCAAGUGGGACGCUGAAAGGUGAAGAUCAGGCUGUAAGAUGGCCUCGAGUGCGGCAGACAGAGCCAUCGGGGCCAUUAUCGGGGCAGCAGUGGCAGAUGCAGCAGCCCAGCCCAUGCACUGGAUCUACAGCCCAGACCGGCUGAAAGAAGUCCUCUCCGAUCUGGAGCCCUGUCCAGAGUUUCGGCCUCAGUCAGCGAAUCCUUUCUACCGCAGGACAACGGGCGAGCAGACCUGCUAUGGAGACCAGGCGUACGUCCUGCUGGAGUCACUGAGUCAGUGCGGAGAUGUGGACGUGGACGACCUGACCAAGCGCAUCUACAAGUUCUUUGGUCCGGGAACUGUGUACGAUCUGCCUCUCAAUGAUCCCUACAGAAAGAAAGGAGGUCCCAAAGCCGUUCUGCCCAUCGACGGCCCGUGGAGGAACGGGAGCCUGAAGGCUUUCUUCAGAAAUGUCGAUGCUGGCAAAGAGGAAACUGGCUGUGACGUGGACUGUCAGAUGGAUGGAGUCACUAAGUUGGCUCCGGUGGUGGCCAUGUUCGCCGGGCGACCCGAGAUGCUGGAGAAAGUGGAGAAAGCCCUCCGGGUCACCCAGAACAACGACAUGUGUGUGGCUAUGACGCUGGCUGCAGCGAGGUUUCUGGAGCAUUUCAUUCUGAAUGGUCCAGACCCCAACGCUCUGAAUGCAGUUCUGGCGCAGCUGAACGACUCCAAGAGACAGAACCCUCAGGAGCUGGACAGGGCUGUCAUUGCUCAUAUCCACCAGGUGAAGGACAACUUAGCCAAGGCAUCCCAACAGCUCAUACCUGCUGUGUUCACAAACACAUGAGCUUUGCCUGGUGCGUUCCAGGGAGCGCUUCAUGGAGUCCUGACGCUGAACCAGCUGGAUGAAGCAGUCAGGAGCACCAUGCGCUGCGGGGGAUGCACCGCCAGCCGAGCCUCCUUCAUAGGAGCCUGCUUUGGAGCACAGACCGGCCUCCAGGGAAUCCCAGAGUCGUGGAGGGAGAGGACGCUCAGAUACCCUCUGCUGCUGGAGCUCGCCGAAAACGUGGUCAAAAAAAGGCAGCAAUAGUCGUGUUCGUCUUUAAUUUUACCCUGAAUUCAACUUCAAGUAUUUAUAGAGUGUGGAGAGUUGCAUUUCAUUGAUGUUUUUAAAGACUUUCUCGAGUUUACAGAUGUUCUUUGACACAGCGACCCAUGACAGUCGCAUUCUAAAGCCUGGUGCUGAAUGAAACUCGAAUCCAUUUGCUCUGUCAAAGCUGCAUUAUGUUAGAAAGUGAAGGUUUGGGUAACAUAUUCUCAAAUAAAAAAAACUUUUAUGUGA